AUGCAGUAUCUGGCUAAUACGUUCACUGAAUUACCUACAAAGGACGGAACAGAAGGCCCAAAGUUUAACGCGUCAGGCCAGUCAGAAAGGGCUGAUAGGAAAACUGUAGGCAGGCCUAACUCCAAAGCUUGCACGAAUCCCAUUGAAUGCAAGGAUCAGGAUUUCGGAGAGAGAUUGCGAUCCACCGAUGGGCAACGGCAGCUGAUGGGAGACGCCCGAUCAUUAUCUCUUAUGUGA